AUGGGGAAGGUGAAUGUGGCCAAGUUGCGUUACCUGAGCCGGGAUGACUUCAGAGUCCUGACAGGGGUUGAAAUGGGCAUGAAGAACCAUGAAAUUGUUCCCUGCAGUUUGAUUGCUUCCAUAGCCAGCCUUAAACAUGGUGGCUGUAAUAAAGUUUUAAGAGAAUUAGCGAAACAUAAACUCAUAGCUUGGGAGCGUACCAAAACUGUCCAGGGCUAUCGGUUGACAAAUGCCGGAUAUGAUUACCUAGCUUUGAAAACACUUUCUUCUAGACAGGUAGUUGAGUCUGUGGGAAACCAGAUGGGUGUUGGCAAAGAAUCAGAUAUUUACAUUGUUGCAACUGAAGAGGGAAAGCAAUAUGCAUUAAAGCUUCACAGACUAGGAAGAACCUCCUUUCGAAAUCUGAAAAACAAACGUGAUUACCAUAAACACAGACAUAAGAUGUCUUGGCUUUAUUUAUCUCGACUCUCUGCCAUGAAGGAAUUCGCCUAUAUGAAGGCACUGUAUGAGAGGAAAUUUCCAGUUCCAAAGCCAAUUGAUUACAAUCGCCAUGCAGUGGUCAUGGAACUCAUAAAUGGCUAUCCUCUAUGUCAAAUACACCAUGUUGAAGAUCCUGCAUUAGUUUAUGAUGAAGCUAUGGAAUUAAUUGUCAAACUUGCAAAUCAUGGGUUAAUUCAUGGAGAUUUCAAUGAAUUCAAUCUCAUUUUGGAUAAAGAUGACCACAUCACCAUGAUUGAUUUUCCACAGAUGGUUUCAACCUCUCAUCCCAAUGCUGAAUGGUAUUUUGACAGAGAUGUUAAAUGCAUUAGAGAUUUCUUCAUGAAACGUUUCAGCUAUGAAAGUGAACUUUAUCCAACGUUUAGUGAUAUCAGGAGGACAAAUUCUCUUGAUGUAGAGGUCUCAGCCAGUGGUUACACAAAGGAAAUGCAGGCAGAUGAUGAACUGCUUCAUCCAGUAGGUCCAGAUGAUAAAAAUGUUGAAACUGAAGAAGGAUCUGAAUUCUCAUUUUCUGAUGAAGAAAUGUCAGGAAAAGCAAAGGUUUGUAGGUCAGAAACUGAAAGUGAACAAAGCUCUCUAGGUGAAUCAGAUGGCUGCUGCUACAGGUCAUCUGGAGACCUUGAACAAAUAAAGGAAGACGAUCUAUCAGAGAAUGCUGAUAGACACAAUUUUGAAAUGACCGAAUUCAAUCAACCUUUAGAAGAAAUAAAAGGGCACGUUGUUGAAAACAGUUCUGAAACUGAAUUUUCUGAGGAGCAAAACAGAACUGAAAGUGUCACUAAGGAAGAUGGUCAGACAGAUCAAGGAAGAAUCUACACUGGCUCUGAGGAGUAUGAAGAUGAAUGCCCUCAUCUGAUUGCCUUGUCAUCAUUAAACAAAGAAUUCAGGCCUUUCAGAGAUGAAGAAAAUUUGAGAGAUAUUAUUCAGUAUAGAACAAGAACUCUGAGUGUUACUUCUGCAGGCAGUGCUGUAAGCUGUUCAACAAUUCCUCCGGAACUGGUGAAACAGAAGGUGAAACGUCAGUUGACAAAACAGCAAAAGGCAGCUGUCAGACGUCGAUUGCAGAAAGGAGAAGCAAAUAUAUUUACCAAACAACGGAGGGAGAACAUGCAAAAUAUUAAAUCAAGCUUGGAAGCAGCUAGCUUUUGGGGAGACUAAUAUAUUUAAGAUCUUAGAUAUAAUAUAUUUGAAAAAACUUACUAUGAUCCCUUUUUUAUGCCACCUUUAAUCUUUUUUGGACUAAGGUGGGUGUAUAAGUAGAUAAAUAAAUUCUCUUUCAUCUAUAA